AUGAAGAAAAUUCGGGUCUCUGAUUCUUCAAUUCCAUUCGAUAUUGUCUUCUCCACGCUCAAAACCUUACUAGCAGGAAUUAAUCACCGAGCCUCUCUUCGUCGAAGCUCACCAAACUCAUUCUCAGACUCGACCAGAAGCUACCCACCUUCUGAUUCACUACACCAAUUCAAUGUUGAAUCAGUACAUCUUCGCUGCAAAUCACCAUGGAAAG